ACACAAAAGCCGCAAAAUAAGCCGAACCAGAAGGAAAAUAUUUCUGCCGACAAACCAGACGUUCUCACACCAUGGAUGAUGAUACAAUCAUUCAAGUAAAAGCUUACAUUUAGAUUCGAAUUUAUUGAUCAGCAAUUCUUUGUCUCGUAUGCAGUUGGAAGGGAGUUUAAAUAUUAUCGUUAGAACUCAAAUGCCAUUCAACAAUCUAGGGGAAAAACAAAUUUACAGUCACGAGUUGUACUCUCCAAGGAAAAAGUUUAAAACAGAAAAAUCUUUUUGCAUGGAGUCGCUGUGGCAGAAUAAUGUUGCAACUUAAGGGAUCUGUUUACGAAACCACUUUGCAAGCGCCAACUGCCAGAACCGGAAAACAUUAAAGAGUCGUGCGAACAUUAUUACUACACGCGGAGAAUGUUGUAAAUCGAAUUUAGCAUUUAAUGGCGGAUCUGCGCCGCUUCUCAAUUACUGCGAUAUUCAAUUCCCAGAUGAGAUGAAGAAAGCCAAAAAAGUCGAGAUAGGCCUAUUGAACGGCGUUAAAUCGAGAAUGUGGUAAUAAAUAUGCAGCGGUGGUCAUAAAAUAUACCGGCGGGCACGGACUAGGUAGGGAGGGUGACCGGCGGAUUACUAGGGUUUGCUCUGGAAAUGGUAAAUUUCUUGGUCCGGACCGGUUUUUUUCGUUACACGCAAUUUUCUCGGCAAGAGCUUUGAAUCUGUGGUUAUGGCCGGGGGUUAAGGAUUAAGAUGGAAUAGUACUCAGUGAAUUACCCACACGCUCUGGCCAAGAACAUGUACUGUACAGAGGUGGAGAGCGCGAGAACCGAGGAGGACAGGUGGCUGUAUACUGCACACGUGUUAAAGGAAUGUGUCCGUGUAUGAGCUGUUCAGUUGUUGAAAGCCAUCAUAAAUAAUGGCGGCUAUCAUCAUAGACAGAAGGGGAGAUUGUGGCGUCCUUGAGUUGUGGGCCAAGGAAAAGGUGAAAGUAUGGCGGGGCUUCUUCGUACGCUCCUGGCCCACCAUUAGGGUUCAAAUUUCAGGGUUCAUAAAAAUAAAAGGCGAGAUUGAUUCAACGGCGUGAACGUUUUUUGAUGUUAUUGGCUGGGAAUCUGGCGGAACUUUAAUUACCGUGUUAACUAAUUGAGGGGUUAGUGAGAGACAUAAAGGAGGUCGAGACAAAUUUGCAGGGUUUAGGGAAGUAAAUGCGGAAUUUAUGUUCUUACGGGUGAACGGUGAUGUAGUUGGUACCGCAAAUGCUUUCAUUAAUGACGGCUUCUCGCUACCUGUGCUUUAGGUGCUUCUUCCUUUUCUGUCUUCUGCUUCUUAUUUUUUUAAUAUGAUGUUGUUUGGAGGCGAGAUUUGGCGUUCCGAAGAUAUGAGCUGGGCGACAGUCUGUGUAAGAGUUUGAGCGAAGCGGAUGUUUUGAAGGAGGCAGGAGUAGGAAUUCCAUUUCCAUGAAGAUUCCUUUUGCAUGAAGCAUUAUUAUAAAUCCUCGUGUGGUUGGACGGAAAGCAAUAAUUUUCUCCUUCCAGAGUUCCAGAAUUGCAAAUGUCAGGGUCGCGCUAGAGAUUUACUGAGUGCUGGCUUCAGAAUUCACUAGGCUCGAAGAUUUCCUCUCCGCAACACAUGCUUUCUCGAACUUUCGAAAGCACUCCUGCGUUGCGUAGUUUCUGUCCUUAAUCUUUCAGAGAGAAAGCGUUUUACUUUUCAGAGAGAAGGCCAUUAUUUUGUUUUUCAGAGAGAAAGCCUUCGUCCUUAAUUUUCAGAGAGAAAGCCUUUGGCAGAGAAAGCCUUUGUGGUAUGACUAUGAACCAUGGCAGAUCAACAAAGCUUUAAACCAGGAGGUUGUUCAUUAUCAGCAUACAAUAAAUAUUAUGGUGAAAUUAGUCGUAGCAGAUCUUUUCGAAACCUGUGUCCAUCCCAGCGGUGAGCCGAGCGUCCGAAUCGAUUACAUAAGUCCCCGUCGAACUUGAUCGAGUGAUAUAUUGCAGUUCUUUACCUUGUAGCGUUUUGUUUUAUGCUGGGUAAUAAUUGAUCAGGAUACCGUCUGAUAGGAAGUUAUCUGGAGUAGCAGUCGAAAUCUUAUGUACGCGAUCUUAAAAAUUGUGCAACUACUUGCCUAGUCGUGGACAGCUACAAUGCGGAUGUUUUCAGCGUGCCAUACUCUCUACAGCAUUAACUUGAUCCAUGCCGCGGCCUUCUUUGCAGUGUGCAUAUUCUUCAACUGUACCUCAGGUGUUUCAGGAAUGAGAACUUCCCACUACGUCGGAGCAUCAAAUCUCACGAAUAAGGAUGCGAAUUUAAGCUUCGAAAACCGCGGGCUGAUGGAUGUCGGUACCUCAGAGCGCAUAGGGGAAGCAUGCGCAAAAGAAGACAUAGUGGUGUAUCAGGGAGCUACCACCCCAAUGCCCAACGGCAUUCCCACAUACACUGUACAAAUCCUGAAUGUGUGCGUGACAGGCUGCCCAAUAGCAGGGAUCCACCUCACCUGUGGAUGGUUCAGCUCUGCACGACUCAUAAAUCCCAAAAUUUUCAAGCGUUUGAGAUACAACGACUGUCUGGUCAAUGAUGGGAAACCGUUAAAAUCAGGAGGCUCCAUAUCUUUCCAGUAUGCCAAUACUUAUCGUUAUGCCUUUGCAGUCUCUUCAGUUAAAUGCCUGCCAUGACUUGCAGCGUGUAAAUACUUCUAAUCACAGAGACCACUCCGUCUCAUUUUUUCAGCCUUGUGAAGGUUAAAUAAAUAUAUAGCGGGUAGAAUGCGAGGAAUAUUUUUCAAAUGCAUGCUACUGCAGUUCGGAUUUACAGAGCCCAAUUAAUUUUAAAUGUGCAGUUUUGUUGUAAUGUUGUAACAUGUAAAUAGGAUGUGCAAGCAUCUUCUGCGAACAGUACGGAUACUCAUAAUAGUAGAGAACUGAUUUCGAAAUCAUUUUAUGGUUUGAUGUUUUGGCCACCACUUCUGUACUUUCACAGUAGUGUAUAUUGUGUUUCCGCUGUGUACAGAACUGUUAGGUCUUUGUUUUUUAUUUUUUACUGUUAUUAGCUGGAAAUUCGUUGUACGGUUCCAUUUUCUACGAACACAGGGCAUUUGAAUUGUUGAGAGCGCUUCGCAGAGAUUUGAUCUCAGAUAAUGUUGUAGUUGAAGGACACAACUCGGAACAGAAAAUUAAAGCGAAUCAUCAAAGCAGUCUCAGAAAAUUAAAUGAGAGAAUUAGUGUUUUGAAGCAGUCUCAGAAAAUUAAAUGAGAAAAUUAGAGUGUUUUGAAAGUUAAGAAAAAAGAGUUUCGAAUCAUCAAAGCAGUC